AUGGCAUGCCCACAAUGCCAAAAGUUCAAUAUUGCUCAAAGAGGCUACAACCCAUUGAGAACUAUUUCAGCGGAAAUGCCAGGUGAUCAUUGGGCCUUAGAUCUGGCAAACUAUGAAACGUCGUCAUCGGGCAAUAAAAACCUCUUAGUAUUGGUGGACAUGUGCACAAGAUUUUGGAUACUACGUCCCAUACCCAAUAAAGAGGCCGAAACCAUUGUCAAGACGUUAGUACAAGUAUUCUGUGACUUCGGCUUACCACGCAUAAUUCAAUCGGAUAAUGGCAAAGAAUUUGUCAAUAACCUGAUGAAGCCUUUUGCAAGAGCAUCGGGAUUUGAACAUCGCUUGGUCGUACCUUAUCACCGCAAAGCCAAUGGUACUGCUGAAAGAUGGGUUCAAAAGGCUACAUUAUCUAUCAAGAAGAUGCUCAAUGGCGCCACAUUCGAGUGGGAUCAUUACGUACCGGCAGUGCAACUUGCAUUAAAUGCAAAUGUCACAUCACCACACAAGACGCCUCCUUUUACCCUCGUGUUUGCAAGAAAAGUAAACGACUUCAAGGAUUAUCGAGACGAGGCAGAAGCCAAACCAAUGACCGAGGAAAUGCUUAAGAAACGCAUCGAUGAAAUGAGAGAUAUUGUAUUUCCAGCAAUCCAUGAAAGAGUAAAAACGGUAACCAAGCAACAAGAGCUACGAUUCAACAAGACGCACAAAAUCGUGGAGUAUAAGAUCGGCAACUUUGUAAUGGCAAGGGAGCCUGAAUCAAACGACAAAUUCAACCCAACCUACAAAGGGCCAUACAAGAUCAUAAACAAAACUGAAACAUCCUAUGUCUUACAAGACUAUGAAGGAUGCGUUCUACCACGAAAUUAUGCACCGGAGCAUUUGAAGCUAGUACGAGUCUUAGAGGAUAUUCCUGCUGAUGAAAUCUACGAGCUUGAAAACAUCGUCGACCAUAAGGUGCAUAAAGGCAAUUUCCUAUACCGUGUCCGAUGGCUAGAUUAUACAGAAGACGAUACCUGGGAACCUCCGGAAAACUUUGGUGAUCCCGUGACAAUCACCAAGUACUGGAAAAGGAUUAGAAGUGAUCCUCAACAAGUCCUCACACAGCAUAGGAAGAAGAGCGGACACAAGCGUGUAGCAUAA